AUGAUGUGGUGCAAGGCAAACCGCCCAAUAUGGACAUUGCUCAUAACCCUCAUUGCAUUGCUGGUGGCAGCUACCGCUAAACGAGCUCCACAGGAUCAAGGAUUACAACAAGACUUGUCGCUAGACAUUUGUAAUCCUGAUAAUCUGGUUGUCGAGUCAAGGUGCAACAUUGAGCUGGUGGAAACGAUCCAUUCGACAAUCGCUGGUGAUCUCAAGGAUCUAGUGGGCACUUCACUGUUUCGUUAUUUCAAGAUCAAUCUGCAUAAAGAUUGUCCCCACUGGGCUGAAAAUAUGUUAUGCUUCCAGCGGGACUGUGAAGUUGAAACUACUGACGAGGAUGAGGUGCCUGAUGAAUGGAAGAGCAAACAAUUAUCGACCGUCACAUUCAAUAACGGCCAUAGUUUCAAACCAUUCUCCAAAUGCACUGACAAGGACUUUUGUUUAUGGGAUGAUGAGACUUCCAAUGAUGGAGAAUACGUCAACCUAUUACAAAAUCCAGAACGUUUCACUGGAUAUACAGGCGCUUCAGCUGCUAGAGUGUGGAAGGCUAUAUAUGAAGAGAAUUGUUUUAAUGUUGCUGAAUCGGAUUUGAAGAAUCAUUUAGAGGCUGCCAGGGAUUCUGAGCAGUGUUUAGAGAAACGGGUGUUUUAUAGACUUAUAUCAGGACUUCAUUCUUCUAUAUCAACACAUUUAUGUAAUGAGUAUUUGGAUAGGAAGACUGGUGUUUGGUUUCCAAACCUGACUUGCUUUAUGGAGCGAGUGGGCAUGUUCCCAGACCGUGUACAAAAUAUGUACUUCAAUUAUGUCGUCUUGUUACGAUCUAUCGGAAAACUGGGACCAGUUUUAGAUUCGUUUGAUUUAUGUGCUAGUGGAGCUAAUGGAGAUAGUGAAACCAUCAAGACCUUGUUGAAAUCCAUUACAAAAAAGACAUGUCUUGCAUCACCACCAUUUGAUGAGAGUGCAUUAUUUAGAGGUCCUGAUGCAGUGACACUAAAAAAGGAAUUCAGAGACCAUUUCAGGAAUAUAACUGGAAUAAUGGAUUGUGUUGGAUGUGAAAAGUGUAGAUUGUGGGGCAAGAUACAAACUCUUGGGUUGGGGACUGCCCUCAAGAUUCUGUUUUCCUUUGAUACGCCAUCAGAGAUAUUACUGACACGACAAGAGAUCGUAGCACUAUUCAAUGCAUUCGGUCGUAUAUCAGAGAGUAUAGCUGCUAUUGGCACGUUUAGAGAGCAACACCAUGCUGAGACCCAGCAGCAGCAACUAAAGGAACAGCCAAAGGAAACUGUAACAAAUCCAAUUCCGGUUGUGAACUCAUCUUCAGUAUCUGAUGCUAUAAGUGCAUUAUCAUCCUCUUGGGUAAAAGGAAUGGCCAUCACACUAGGCCUACUAUUAGGUAUAUAUUUUGCAUAUCGAAACCUCAUACAAGGAAAGAAGAAGCCCUCAAAUACCAAUGGCAUUGCGCAUAAAAGAAAGUCGAGUAGGAAAGCAGAUUGA